AUGUUAACCAGCUUCGUGGAGGGCCUCCUAUGCUGCCUCACAGGAAAAUCGGCCAACGUGGUGGUCCCCAUAGAAACGUCGGAACCCGCCGACGGCUAUGAGUUUGUGGAGGCGAAGCCGGGCCGCGUCCUGCGAGUCAGACACAUCGUGCCAGAGCGGCCGGUGGUGGAGGAGCCCGGGGGCCAGGGCGGCAGCGUCAGCUGCAAACGGAAGAUCACGGUAUACCGGAACGGCCAGCUGCUGAUUGAGAACCUGGGGGAGGCGGGGAAGCAGGAGCUGCUGCAGGGACAGAACGGAGAGCCCGGCAGCACUGCCGAGGUGGAGCUCACGGACUGCAACAGCUCCAGCCCCUCGCCCAGCCCCUCGGCCAGCCCUCCUGGGCCCACGCCCGAGACAGGGGGGGCAGGUGGAGCCGGGGCCGGGGCAGAACCAGGGGCAGGGGUCACACCGACCCCGGGCCAGUCCGAUCAGGCCCAGCAAACGCGGAGGCGUAGACGGAAGCCCAAGCGCACGGUGGUGAUAGAUUGCGAGAGGAAGAUCACUUCCUGUAAGGGCACGCACGCCGACGUGGCGCUGUUUUUCGUGCACGGCGUUGGCGGCUCUCUGGACAUCUGGGGCAGCCAGCUGGACUUUUUUUCGCAGCUCGGCUACGAGGUCGUCGCCCCGGACCUGGCAGGUCACGGGUCGAGCUUGGCGCCGCAGAUUGCGGCAGCGUUCACCUUCUAUGCUUUGGCCGAGGACAUGAGGGUAAUCUUCAAGAGAUACGCGCGGAAGAGGAAUAUUCUCAUUGGACACUCUUAUGGGGUGUCCUUCUGCACCUUCCUGGCCCACGAGUACCCCGAGCAGGUCCACAAGGUGGUGAUGAUCAACGGGGGGGGGCCCACAGCCCUGGAGCCCAGCCUCUGCUCCAUCUUCAACCUGCCCACCUGCGUGCUGCACUGCCUCUCCCCCUGCCUGGCUUGGAGCUUCUUGAAGGCGGGGUUCGCCCGCCAGGGCGCCAAGGAGAAGCAGCUUCUGAAGGAGAACAACGCCUUCAGCGUGUCCUCGUUCGUCCUGCGGGCCAUGAUGAGUGGCCAGUACUGGCCGGAGGGCGACGAGGUGUACCACGCCGAGCUGACCGUGCCCACGCUGCUGGUGCACGGCAUGCACGACAAGUUUGUCCCCGUGGAGGAGGACCAACGCAUGGCGGAGAUCCUGCUUCUGGCUUUCCUGAAGAUCAUCGAUGACGGCAGCCACAUGGUGAUGAUGGAGUGUCCGGAGACUGUCAACACCCUGCUCCACGAGUUCUUCCUCUGGGAGCCUGACGUGAGGCCCAGGCCCCGGUCGGAGACGGCCAAGGCCCGGCCAGAGACGGCCAAAGCCCUCUCUGACCCGGGCAGGGAGGGGUCGGCCCCGUCUCGACCCCAGACUGCCAUACCGUCCUCGGCCAGCAACGGGCAGACCCAAAGGACUUCGGAGGGCAAAGCCAAGAAGAAGUAACCUCAGAUUGUCCUGGAUGUAACCCGGUCUAAGCUGAGAUGACUAGCAGGGUGAACUGUUCUAAGCAUAGUCUCCUCAGACUCUAAGAACUGGUCUGAGUCAGUAGGAACAGGUUUUUCUUAAACCAGUUUCUGCUCAUGUUGGCGUGUGAGGAGAUGGAAGCCAAAACGUGGUGUCUGACGGGGCCUGGGUCGGGUCCAGGUCUCAGGACCCAAGCAGAAGGGCAGGACCAGGGAGUGGUACCAGUGGCUGCCCUCACCAGGUGCCCUUCUCCAGGGACGGGCCUUUGUGGGUUGGUGUAGGACCAAGGAAUGGGAGCACAGAGAGGUGCUAUCACUCUGCUGCAGCUGAGAAUGAUCCUGGUCACAGUGUGGGUUGCUUGUGACGUUGCUGAGGAUGU